UAGACUAAACAUUGCAUGUCGUUAAAGGAAAUCACUUAUAUAAAUUUUAAACUCUCGUGAACUGGAUUGGGGAAUGGGAAAAUUGCAGGAGCCGUAAGCUGCCGUCCUACGGGUCUGAGGUAGCCAGUGGAUCGACAGCGAGCAGUCUACACUUUCUUCCUCCUCAUAAAAGCAGCUGAGUUUGUUUCCUUUUCUUAAUAUUUUCAGAGAGCACUGGAGGACAGAAACCUUCACCGAAUACGACAGCAGUUCAAGACAUAUAAUAUGCAUCUAAUUGACAAGUGCAGGAAUACGAAGGAAGAGAAAGUCACCAACAUCUCUCUCACGUCAAACUUCGGAGGUAAACAAGAGGAUCUGAGCGAAGAUGAGAUGAAUAUUCUUCAGUUCCUCGAGGUAAUGACUAAGUUUGGCUAUCCGGUUCAAUUGGAAAUCAGAACGGCCGCGGAAAACAUCAUCACCACAAAGAAAAUACCUGCUGACACUGAGAAGGAUGGACAAAAAUGGAGGAAACAGUACUUUGUAUAUUCAGAGAACAAGGUCCUCAUGAAUAUUUGUAAUACGUUGACGGAAAAGGAAGUUUGCAUCAUGUAUGAGCUUCUGUGUCAGGAGGAUCAAGAAGUCUCCAAACCUGUUAGAGAGCAAUUACUGAAUCUUCAAGUAAAUGCUGCUAAUUUUAAGGAAAAACCAGGACUAAAAGAAACUGCCUUUUUCUACUUCGUUAUCAUACUAAUUUCAAAUAAGGUUUUAAAUCGGCUGUAUACGCACUCACUCAACAAUAUUUUUGUGUUAAUGAAGAAGAAACGCGACGAUGACCCUCGUAUUGACGGACUCUUGGACCAAGUUAGCAGGUAUCCUUUGGCUUCUCACCCUCCCGGCCUCUGCAUCAUAUUUAAUAUGGAGGAGAUGCGCGAAGGGUCCUGCUACGACCGGAGGAACGUCAAAGAAUUAUUUGAGAAUGUUUUCAAAUACGAUGUGCUCGAGGUGAACAACCCAGAUAAAGAAACAGUACAAAGUGUUAUUAGCGAACUGAAGACACCAAGAAAUCAGUUCUACGACAGCCUGGUUGUGUGGUUCAUGAGCCACGGUGACAAUACAUACUUACAGGUAAAGAAUGAUAAAAUCCAUCGACGUUUGGAUCUUAUACAACCCAUUACAGAAAUUGAUUGGUUGUUUAUGAAGCCUAAGAUCUUCUUCAUCCAAGCUUGUGCCGUCAGAAGACGAGAUGAUGUGGUAAUGCCCACUGCUACAGAAACCUAUAAGGCGACAGCGACAGAUAGCAGAUCGGUACUGGAUAAGGAUACCGGUGCCAUAUGGCAAAACACCUACGGAGAGUAUGAGGAUGUGUAUGAUAUCAAUCCUUUCGCUGAUACAAUCGUCGCCUACGCCACCAAGUGGUACGAGAAGGCUGCCAGGACUGACAAAGGAUCCUUGUUUGUGGACACUUUGGUCGACCAGCUGAGAGAGUACGGUUGCAAGGAGCCCAUAGAGAGCGUGUUGCGACGAACCCACUACAAUGUUAACACAGUAAAGUUGAGGACAGAGGAAGGUGAACAACUAAGGCAAGCACCUUACUUCGAGUCCUCACUCCAGAAGGUCUUCAUCUUCCCAACAAUCGACAGUCAUUAAUUCAAGAGUCUCCAGAAAAUACGACAAUAAUGAGACAAGAGACGAUCUUCCAAUAAGGGAGAUUUAGGCACGUCUUGUCAAGAAUACGUCCAACCACCAAGCGAGUCUAGACCAGACCGAAUACUUCAGGCGAGGUGUGAUCACCCCCCUCCUCUAUCACGUGAUAGCUCCGUGGACGGUUGCUGCCCAGCAACAACCAGAAGCCGGCAGAGUAACGAGCCACAAGCGAUAAUUACAGUAGUUAGACAAUCAUGACUUGAACUUUGAGCACAUAUGUGUUACAUCCUACCUAACAAAAGGAAACUAAGUCAAAUAAUAAUAUAAAGCAAUAUAUUUACGAUUUAGCUAUUACCGCAAAUAUAAGCAAUAUAAAAUUUAUGAAAAGGUAAUAUACAUGUA